GAAGGCUGUCAGUUGCUAGUAAACGUUCACAGCGUCCGUACCAGGCGGCUGACCCGCGCCGCGUCCGUCUCGCAUCGUUAUAAACUACACACAAUAACAUAUCCAUAUUGUUUUUAUACACAAGUGCCAAAUAGACGUCUUUAUAUUUAGCAUCUGUGAUUUUAGGUGAAUAUAGACAAUGUUUAAACAAACUUAAAGUUAUGUGGUAAUCCAUUAUUAUGGACAUAAAUAUAUACACUUUUUUAUAUUGCUAGUUAAUGUGAACAAAAGUGAGACGUAUUUGAAGAGCGUGUGUGCACUCGGACGCCGCAUAGAAGUUUGUUUUGUCAUUACGGAAGUGUUUACAAGGCGCACGUGGUCGCGCCGCCCGCCCGCGCGGCUAUGCCGCGGAAAACUUUCUUCAGAAGCACUGCCCUAGAAUAAGUUGACUCACAUGGGAGAUACGUGACCUCGACCAUGAAUCUAUUAUGUAGUGUUUGAUUUAUGCACCAUCGACUACAUGUUUGUCACAAAGAGAAGAUUGGUAUUUUUAUUUUUUUUUCGUUGGAGGAGACGGUGUUCUCCUUUCAAUUGAUGAGUUAGAUGGCUAACAACAACGCUGUUUCGUCGACUUUGCCGUCGAGAGAUUAUUAUUGCAAAGUCUGCGACCUAUAUUUGGAUACUGUUGAUUCAUUAGAAGUGCAUUUACAAUAUCACAAAGAGAACUUGUAUGUGAAGUGGGGCACUCAGAACUCUCAAAAUGAUACCGAAAACAAUAAUAGCGCUAAAGUGAAAAACGAAACAACAGUAUCAGCUCCGGCGGACUCAAGUGACAGUAUGAUUACCAAACCAAGUCCAGAGUUUCAACAGCGCGCGACGCCUGAAACAACAGUGCAGUUUCCGCACCCUGCAACACCACAGAGCUAUCACAGCGCACCAUCACCUUACCAAAAUCCAGAUCAAACAAACUUCUCACCGGGAGCUCAAUUUGGUAAUAAUUUUACUCAUUCCAAUUUUUCUCAAAAUCAACACACUGAGCAAAUAAACUGGGAACAGUCGCAAUAUAAUCAAGAAUAUCAUAAGCCGAAUCGUUUCCAUCCAUAUAAUAUGCAAGAUCGUGUAUCACAAGUCUCAUCUUCGAGCCCAUUGUAUGGCCAGCCGCUAAAUCAACCAACGCCAUCACCUUCGCCGAAUCAAUGCGACAAGUGUGGCUACGUUUGUGAUUCCGCUGUACAGUUAAAUGAGCACUGCAAUUCGGCUCACGCAGGUACGAGCGCUGUACCUGCUACAGGAAACAUUCCCUUUCAACAGUUUCCUAGCAAAUCAUAUAACAAUUCUAGCUAUCAAAAUGAUAGUAUAAAAGUUAAAGAAGAACAUGAGGAAUCAUCGGAUAUUCUAGAUUUAGAUUCCCAAAAGGUAGUUUACCAGGGAAAUGAAGGAGAACAACAAAAUCCACCUUACGAAGAAACAUCGUCUCAGGUACGUGAAGUAAACACAAGGACUGUACCUAUGAUGCCAUGGGAAACUCAAAAGAUAUAUACAAAUCCUCAAAUGAAUGGCGACGUAUCCCUGUUCAAAGAACAAAAAAUGUUUGCUGAUCAAAAGGCAUAUGCAACUGAAGGAAAGAUGUUUCAUCCAGAUCAAAAAUUUUCUUAUUCACAAGAUAAAUUUUUAGUGCAUCAUGAACAAAAACCUUUUAUGCACGUGGAACAAAAAAUUUAUUCUGGUGUUCAAAUGCAACCGUUAACAGAUUACUCAGGGAAUGUGGCUUCAACUAACUCAGAUAUGAAGCCACCAUACCGACCAUAUGAUUCCCCUAAUGCACCGCAAAUAACAAGCACACAACCUGCCAAUCCUACAUCGUCGUCAUUGCCCUCUAUUGGGGGUAAAGGAGCUAAUUGGAAGUCGAAUGAAGCAAGAAGACCGAAGACCUAUAACUGUACUGCUUGUAACAAGUGGUUUACUAGCUCGGGCCACUUAAAAAGGCACUAUAAUACUACACUACAUAAAAACGCUGUAAGGUCAUCUGGGCAACCUGAUCCAGCAACGAUGCCCAUUUCAAGCCAUCAUCAUCCAAGUCGUGAUUCUUUGCAAAAUCGAGCUCAACAACAGAAUCCGGAUUCCAAUACGCAAAGUCCAGUCCCCUCCGAAGACAGCAGGAACGUGGAUGACGGUGCUUUGCAGUCGCCAUAUGCACCGCAAAACUUUGAACGCGCUCACCGUGUUGCAACUAUGCAGUCCAAAUCACCAUACACGCAUCUCCAACAGGGUAAUUUAGAUAAUAAUUUCAGUAACAUUCCUCUAACUAAUCACCCCUUACAGCAUCAAGUGGGUUCACACCCGAUUAAUAUAAAUAUAAGUAGCCAACCACCAGGCAUUGGGAAUCCAAACGAUAGUCCUCAAGGUCCAAAAAGUACUUCAAUAUCAACUGGUACGAAUCCCCCAAACGGGGAAGCAGGUCCCUCUGUUUCUCAAAAUCACCAUAUGAGGGGCCUGCUAUCAGUGUCAACCAGCAAUAUUUCAACACCAGUACUAACCCAGAGUACACCAGCGCUUACGGCUCACACUCUACCGCCGUUCAGCCAUUUGGGUGUCAACCCGUACAGCCCGAGGUCUACGGAUCCUUUGGGGCCUUCGGUACCGGACCCCACGCACACCCCAUUAUAUUUGGGUCAGAAUUUUCAACAGACUAUAGCACCGAGUUACCCAAACGGGAUGGCCCCCCACGUUAUGGAUAUGGCUAUCAACAAUCUGCCUAUAGCCAAUCCGGCUACUUUUGGUGAAGCCGCACCAGAAGAGGUCGAUGUUAUGGAACAAGAAACGUCUAGUCAGCCUGCCAAUGGACGCUUGCCUAGUUUCUCGCAGCUACAAAUGCAGAGCUUCAGCGUUUAUGUUUCAAACUAUAUUACAUCACCUAACGUGGGGGGUCAAGUUGUUGCCGACGAUUCUACCGCCGGUUACAUUAUUGUAGAUCCAGUUAACUCUCCUAUACAAUACAAUGGCAUGGAUAUAAAUGGACAAAGUAUAGAUUAUGAUUAUAAUUAUUCACCUAAAGCUAACCCAAUGAAGGAAAAUGUAGUUAGCUACAAUACGGAUACAAUUAAGGUUUAUCCGUACGGCUACGCAGUUGGAGGUAAAACUAUAAAAAGAGAAGAUGACGUAUUAAGAACGGAUUCUAGUGAACUACAAAUUUUAAAAAUCGAAGACAUAAUGGAUUAUGCUAAUAAAGAAAAUUAUGGAACACAAAUGAAGUCUCCAGCAAGUCCAGAGAGCGCUAAAGCUGAGAAUGAAAGUCACGGGUCCCCUUCAAUAUCAUCAACAGUUUCGAGUACGCCACUAACAGAGAGAAAUCAUUUGAAAAAGUCAACACCAACAACGGUACACAAAUGUUUUGAAUGCGACAAAUUAUUCAACAAGGUUUGUUAUCUUACUCAACAUAAUAAAACUUUCCAUUCGGGAGCUAAACCAUUUAAAUGUGAUAGAUGUGGUAAACGCUUUUCGGACGGUGUUUCAUAUGAGGGUCAUUACUUAAAACAUGCAGACAAUAAACCCUUCAAAUGUAAUGAAUGUCCAAAGUCGUUUAAUCAUAAAACUGAUUUGCGUCGUCACAUGUGUUUACACUCUGGGUGCAAGCCGUUUGCGUGCGAUCAUUGUGGUAAGGGAUUCAUAAGAAAAGAUCACAUGGUAAAGCAUUUCGACACCCACAUAAAGAAAAAUUUGCGUUCAUCAUCGUCAUCUGUAUCGCCGACAUCAUCUUCUCCAUCUACAUAAAUAAAUAUACAAUAAGCCAUUGUUUUGAAAAAGUUUGAUACACACAUAUCAUGUCAAAAAAUAAUUGGAAUUUGAUAUGAUAAAUUUGUUCCAAAAUAUUUAUAUAGUUAAUUAAUAACGUUAAAUGAAACGUUUUGUUAUUAAUGUGUUACGUUUUUUAAGCAAAGCGGCAGAACAACUCCGACGCAUGCAUUUAGGCCACCAGCUAUGUUUUUUGUUGUUCAUUCAAUCUAACCUUGUGUUCGAUGCAAGGUGACUUUACUUGUCUGGCUGUCUGGGCGCUAAACAUGUAAUUACAUGACGUCGGAGUGAUAUUCCGUAAUAAUUUAUAGACCGAUCCAUAUCAUUUUUACAUAUGAAUUACUAUUAUAUCGUAGAAUUAGUUAGAUAAAAAUACCCGGUGAUUUAUUACAUUAGGUGAUUAAUAAUGGUUGUCAUUUUCGACGUUGAUUCAGAACAUAUCUUUUGUCUGUAAAUUUUUGAUCUUUAGAAAGUUUUAGUUGAAAAAUUGCUUGGUUUAAAAUUAUUGUUAUUGUUUGGUAAAGAAACGCGUGUAACUCUUUAAAUUUAUUUCUUUACCUAUAAUUUUCUGUAAAUAAUUUACUUUGGGACUAAUGAGCCAGAUAUAACAUAAUAAUGAAUAUAAAAAGAAUUAGUUUUUACAAAUGUUGAUCAAAGUUUUGUGUUAAGGAUUUUAAUAAUACAGUAGCCUGGCACACUUCUCAAGCGAGUUAGAGGUAUUGUAACGGAUCAAAAGUUUAACGCAAUUUUAUUAUAGUAAUACCUAAAUCUAAUUAAAUCUUAAGAGGUUUGCUACGUAAGAUCGUCAAGAAGAAGGAUAUAGUGACUUUGGUGGUCGUAUCUUUAUAGUUGUGAUGUGCAUUUUGUUUUGAAAGUUGUUCACGACAAAAGGAGCCUUUGUACUCCAGAGAAUGUGUUAUAACUAUCGUUUUUGUUUUAGGUGUAAAUUCUUCUAUUAGUUACUUAUAUUUUUAAUAUUUUACCGGUGCUUCCUAUUUUAUUAUUUUGUCUGUUGAUCUGUUUUAAUAUUUAGGUAGUUGACUAAAUUCAUUUUUUCCUUAAAUUUAAACUUAUUUAUGUCCAAUCUUAGUUACCAAUAUAUUAUUUGAACGAAUUUAGUUUAAACAUUCCUGUUUCGUUAGUGGUAGGAAAGUAGUCUUCCUGAACGUUGCCAAAUUAUCACCGCCAACUGUCUGUUGCGAAACAAUUUAAUUUUAAAUUAGCCUAAUAAAGAAAUUCUCUAGCAAUAAUUUAAAUACUAAUGUAAAUGUCUUGUAUAAUAUUAAAUUAAAUAUCAUGUUUAUUAAUUUACUGAUUACUUAGGGACAGAAAAAAUUAUAAGGGAGACAUUGAAUACUUGUAUAUAAAUAUUUGAUGAUUAUUUACUUAUCUAUAACAGUUAAUAGCACGACCCUAUUUGUAUUUAAAAAUCUUCUUUUUGUUGCUCAUAUACAAUAAAGUGCGGUAUAUUUUAUAAUUGCUAAAUCAACAAAUGUGAUUCUCAGUUUAGAAGAGGCAGUAACAAAUUGAAUAUUUUGAUGUUCACAUCUGUUGCAUGUAUUUUAACCGAAAAAUAAUAUGUUCGAAAUAUAUGUGCAAUAUGAAACACUGUAAUGAAUUAAUUUUGAUAAUGUUUAUAUUUAACUGUUGAUUAUUGUGCAGAAAUAUUUUUAUACAAAUAGAAUUACAUUUUGCCUAUCUACCUCAUCAGUUACUAAAUCUUAUGAAUUACAAUAUGUCGAAGUUGUAUUAAAAAAAUCGGAAUAUAGUAAUGAAAUUUUAAGUGCAAAAAGUGGUUUAUGGAAAUUAAUUGCAUAUUUGCAGUACAUUGAUAUCAGUGUUAUACAUAAUUCUGUAUACAAAUGUUAAUAACAAGCCUGCAUUCGGUUUCCAAAUAUAACAAUUAUAAAAUAAAUAAUAUAUUUAAGAUAGUAAAUAUAUUUAUGAAGCAUAUCAGGAAUUAAAGUUUCGAAGAACUUUUUAUCAACUAUCCACCAUGAUAUAAAUUUGGAUGCGAAUGCUCGCUUUAAUAAAUGAAUUUUACAUUAAAACAUCGAUAACUAUAAAACAGAUAAUACUAGACAUAUGUAUAAAUUUUUCUAAACUGUUGAGAAUUUUUUGUAUAACAGAAAUAUUUUCAUCGUAGCAAUAAUGUAAUAAUAGUGACACUUGAAACUAAACUACCUCAUGUAACGAGUAAUAGGGUUAGAUCGCGUUGUGAGAGCGAGGUCGCGCUGCUCGGCGAUCGUCAACAGAAUACCUCAUCUUGCCUUCCCUUGUACUAGAGACAUUUUAUUUACCAGCGCCAGCCCCGCAGCCCGACCGACGCUCAUCUUCAAAUAUAUUUUAGUAGACAUAUUUGUCUCUCUUGUACUGUUUAAUAAAGCAUUAGUAGUAUCUUUUAGAUUUAAAUUAUGUAAAUAUCGAACGAUAAAUUUGUUAUUUAUCAUAUUCUAUUAUUGUAUUCGUCGAUACACUUAUUUUGAAAUAAGUUCGUAGUGAUUUCAAGUUUAUAUAGUAGCCAAUAAGAUAUAUAUAAUGUAAGUUUCAGUGAUUUAUGUUUGUGUAUACUAAUUUAAUUGUCAGUUACCAGAUGAUUUCUGUUACAUUCGGUUGAGUAAAAUUUGAAAGGAUUAAUACGAUAAGACGUUGUUUUUCUUCAAUAAUUAUUCCCUCAAACUUUGGACGGGUUUGUAGCAGAAAUGUUGACAGCAUGCGUUAAAAUAUUUUUUUUUAAUUACUUUUGUUUAUUAUAAGCGUAGUGCGAAUUAAACUGUUGCUAGUCAAUGUCCUAGAGAUGCCAUGAGUCGCGACUGAAAGUUCUCAAAGUCAGCUGAACAUUGGUUUAUCAGAUAUUGUUGAAGUCGGUAUGGUCUUCUCCUGGGCAUUGUCUAGAAUCAUUAGAUUUAAGCCUUGAUAAUAGUUUAUUCUAGUGCUAGGUGACAGAUCUGUCACACCGCCACGGCGAAUGGUAUUUUUAGCUAUGCGUACAUCCAUUUAUAUAUAGAUAUACUACAUACAUGAAGUGAAUCUGGCUUGAUGUAGUAUAUCACAAUGUAUAUAUACAUGGAUCAACAAGUGUUAUACAAACGUUAAACAGCAGAGCGAUUUAUUUAUACCUUGAAAUUUUGCAGACACCUGUUUCAUGGUUGUUUCAAUAUUUCUGUUCAAUCAUAUUGAUUGUAAAAUGAUUAGACCGUUGUUUCUAAUCAGUAUACAAAAUCGUUAUAUACUAUAAGAUUCCGAUGCCAUACUGCUAAUGUAGCAGGUCGUCUGUCAGAUCUGUCAGUAAAUAUAA